AGCUCGGAGGUCCUGCUGCUCCGGGUCCUCCUCCUCGGGCCCCUCCUUCUCCUCCCCUUGCCCUCCGCGGCUGCUCCCGCAGCCGGCUCCUCCUCUCCCUCCCUCCCCCUCUUCGCCCUUUCCGCGCCAACUUUCCCGAGCCCCGGCCGGCGGUGCACAGCUCCCCGGCAGCCUCGGGGCCGACUGCAGACCGAGGGCUGCGAGCGCGGCUGUGACCUGUGUAUCCUGUCCCCGCGCCCCUGGUGCGCUCGGCAGAGAACAGCACGAUGCCCGGGGCUGGGCACCGAGGCGCAGCCCGGGCGAGAUGGCUGGGCACUGGGCUUUUGGGUCUCUUCCUGGUCCCUGUGUCCCUGUCGCUGGAGGUAUCUGUGGGAAAGGCCGCUACCAUCUACGCUGUCAACGGCACGGAGAUCCUGCUGCCCUGCACCUUCACCAGCUGCUUUGGCUUCCAGAACCUGCGCUUCUGGUGGUCCUACAACAGCAGUGAUACAUUCAAGAUCCUCAUAGAUGGGAUCGUGAAGAAUGAGAAGUCAGACCCCAAGGUGAAGUUGAAAGAUGAUGACCGCAUCACUCUGGAGGGCUCUGUGAAGGAGAAAAUGAACAAUAUUUCCAUUCUGCUGAGGAAUCUGGAGUUCAGCGACACGGGCAAAUACACCUGCCACGUGAAGAACCCCAAGGAGAAUUAUCUUCAGCACCAGGCCACCAUCUUCCUCCAAGUUGUUGAUAAACUGGAAGAAGUGGACAACACAGUGACACUCAUCAUCCUGGCUGUUGUGGGCGGGGUCAUUGGGUUCCUCAUCUUCAUCCUGCUGGUUAAGAAGUUCAUCGCCUUCAUUAUCAAGAAGACUCAGGAGAAGAAGAAGGAGUGCCUCGUGAGUUCGUCAGGGAACGAUAAUACAGAGAAUGGGUUACCUGGCUCCAAGGCGGAAGAGAAAGCACCAAAAAAAGUGUGAGCCCUGCUCGGGGCCAAGCAGCCGCCGGGAGCCUCGCUUUCUAACGAUGAAACUGAUGCCUGAGCCGUGUCCAUGAACCCACGUGCCUGAGACAUCUGCUGCUUGGCUCAAACUGUAGUCUUUCCGGGCGGGGAGAAACUGGGGUCCUGUCCAGCCUGCCCCACCCCCUUCCCCCCCAGGGCUCCCCAGGGACAAGGGCUGGCCAAGGGAGGGGCCCUGUGGAAGGUUCAGGAAAGGAAAGGAGGGGCUGGAGCGGUGUGGAGGGCCGGUCCCCCGACACCUGGGUAGAUGGUUUCCUUCAGUGUCCCCACCCUGGACAGGGAAUGCCUUGGUUUUCCUCCAGAUAUCUCUUUGUGAGAGACUUGGGGGGUUGGGGAGGGCUGCCCCAGUAGCUGGACCCUGAGUAUGGAGGACUAACCCUUCUACGGCAGGAGUGGCCAGAGGACUCUGUACAGGAUCCGAGGGUGGGAGGCUGUUGGAGAGUCCUACAGUGAGAGGCUUUGAUGGAUUCCUGCUGCCCCACGUCCUUCUAGUGAGGAACUCCCCUUUCCCCCCACCCCUGGGUGCCUGCCUGCCUGUCUUGGUUCUGCCCCCACCCCCAGACCCCAAGCUGCUCAGUCUCUGAACCCUCCCAGCUAGGGCUGCCACCCUGGUCUUGGGGGGUCCUAGCCCACCUAGUCUGCUCCUCUGAUCUCUGGGCCCUGAGGGCUCAUGCAGGGGUCCCUCAGGCCUUCCCAGAGCACUGGGGCGCCACCUACACCUUUCCUAGUAUUUCUCCUUGGGGGAUCAGGGCUGCAGAGGUGGGCCUCUUGGCCACGGAACGCUCACCCCCAGCCCUGCCAGCGCUGGCUGCCCCUUCUCCUCAGCAUGGCAGGACCAUGGCCACUGCUGGGAGCUCGCCGCCAGCUCCGCGCUGCUCCUCUUCCCUUGAAGCAGCAGGUGGCGCCAUCUUGCUUGAGGAGCUGCUCCUGUGCUCCUCCAGCUUCUCCCUGCCCAGGGCUGUUCAUCUCCAUCCCUGCGUCAAGGCUGGCCUUCACCUCGGGGACCCUGUUGCUUUGGAUGAGAGGGCCCUUGGGUUUUCUGUCUGCUUCCUGCUCAGCCGUGCCCCGCUCUCACCCCAGGGUUGGGGAGGUGCAGGGAGAGAGUGCCCAGGGUUUUCCUUUGCUUUUCCACGCACUGGUUUGCACACCCCUCGCGUGUGGGGCUAGACUGUGCCUUAGCUCCUGAGUCCUGGCUCAUGCGCUCCCUCCCCACUUCAGCCCCUAGGGAACAGCCAGCUCUGGUGGGCCCUGGUGAGGGUCCCGCUGCCCUCACCCAGGGUCAGGCAGGGGACCGGGGAGCUGGAGUUGUAUUGUUAAUAGCCCGCUGGCCAGCCACUGAGUCUUGGAGGCGUCUGCCAAGUGCUCCCGUGGGCCCCUUACAGGCCAUGUCGUGGCAUUGUCCCUGUGGGGUUGGGGAAGUGAGGGGGGCCGGGGCUGUGAUCAUGGAGGAAUCCGCCAUCUGCUCCCACCCCCUCGCUCUCUUGUUGAAUUCCUGACACUCUGUCCUCUGGGCCCCUGGGAGGGAUGAGAGGGGAGUAGCCCCCUUUUCCAAAGUGUGUGGGGACUGCCUGAGGACCCUCCCUGCCAAAAAGCAGCGGCGAGCGUCCCCAAGGGUGCAGGUUUGGGGAGGGGGAACAGGAGUGCCUGCAGGGCAGCCAUGGCUGUGACCUGUGACCCUUGCCCAGCCUGAGGGGCUUGCAGGGUCCCACUGAGAUCUGCCUCUGUCCCUUGCGGCCUCCUCCACCCAUCCUGGGCUCAGGUUCAGAUUUUCCUGGCUUUGGGAGCAGACGGACAAGAGCCACCGGUCAUUCGGGAAACUUCGUAGGCUGCCUUCACGCAAAACUGCUUGCUUCUCCUUUCCCAGCGUUAGCAUUUGGAAGGGCAGAGUGUCUUGUGCUCCUCUUACUCCCUUGAGAGGAAGCCAAGGCGUACAGAGUGGGGGAGAGGAAGAGCAUCAUAGGCGGGUCAUGCACGUUCUCUGGGCUCAGCUUUCCCUAUCUAUAAAAUGGGUGUAAUAAUACCUACCUCGCAGGACUGUUGUGAGGCUUGGCAGGUUUUGGUUUAAAAAUCUUUUU